UCAAGAAGAGGAUUGCAAGUCACUUUUUUGUUUCUUGGUUUAUUAUUCUCACUAUCAUAGUAAAUUUAACUUAAAAUAAAACAAAAAGGGUGUGUGUUUAAAUAAAAUUUCUAUUAUAGUUGGUUUCUAUUUUCCUGAAAAAAUGUCGAUGAACGAUGAUCUUACUAGUCUUGAUGCCGGAGGCAAAAUAGUAAAAAUGGAGGUGGACUAUAGCACCACCUGUGAUGAAAAGAUCCCUCUGUGGAAAUCAUGGGCCUCCAAAGGCAAGGUUCAAGAAGCCAUCGACCAGCUGCUGGCGCUGGAGAAGCAGACACGAACAGGUGCUGACAUGGCUUCAACUGCUAGGAUUUUAGUUGCAAUAGUGCAAAUUUGUUUUGAGGCUAAGAACUGGACUGCACUGAAUGAUCAGAUUGUGCUUUUGUCUAAGAGAAGAUCCCAACUUAAACAGGCUGUUGUCAAAAUGGUCCAAGAAUGCUACACUUAUGUCGACAAAACGCCAGACAUGAAAACUAAAAUCAAACUCAUAGAGACUCUGAGAUCCAUCACCGAGGGCAAGAUCUAUGUUGAAGUGGAAAGGGCCAGGCUCACACACAUUUUGGCUAAGAUCUGGGAAGACGAGGGCAAUGUGGUAGAGGCAGCCAAAAUUAUUCAGGAACUUCAGGUGGAAACUUAUGGCUCCAUGGAUAAGCGUGAGAAGGUAGAACUUAUAUUGGAACAGAUGAGGCUGUGCCUUGCUAUCAAGGAUUACGUCAGGACACAAAUUAUCUCAAAGAAGAUCAACACAAAGUUCUUUGAGGAAGAAAAUACUCAGGAGUUGAAGGAGAAGUUCUAUCGCCUGAUGAUCGCCGUAGACCAGCACAACGGAGCAUAUCUAUCCGUGUGCCGGCAUUUCCGAGCGCUGGGCGCAGCGGGCGGCGCGGACGCGCUCAUAGGCAGCGUGGUGUUCCUCGUGCUGGCGCCGUAUGACAACGAGCAGGCCGAUCUCACGCAUCGUGUCAACGAGGACAAGGAUCUUGAUAAGCUGCCUGAUUACAAACAACUUCUGGGCCUGUUCAUCAACCCUGAGAUCAUCAAGUGGAACAGCCUCUGCCAGCACUACGAGAAGGCGCUGCGAGCGACGCCCUACUUCGACUCGACCGACGAGAAGGGACAGGAACGAUGGAACGACCUGAAGAACAGGGUGGUAGAACAUAACAUUCGCAUCAUGUCGAUGUACUAUACGCGCAUCUCCAUGAAACGCAUGAGCGAACUGCUAGGCCUCACCGAGACCGAGACGGAAGAAGCGCUCAGCCAACUGGUUGUCACCGCCGUCGUCAAGGCCAAGAUCGACCGUCCUGCCGGCGUCGUCCAUUUCAGUUUGAACAUGAACGCAUCAGACCGGCUCAAUGAGUGGUCGAACAACCUCAACACGCUCAUGCAGCUCGUCAACAAGACCACGCACCUCAUCAACAAGGAGGAGUGCGUGCACAAACACCUGCUCGCCACGGCUGCCGAGUAACUUACGAGUACCUAAUUAUGUGAAAUGAACAAUAAUUCUCUCUUUAAUAAAGUAUCAGUUUCAUAAUUCUCGAAUUUUAAGGCAUGCCUCCCCACAGCUUCGAUCAGCGAGAAGCUAGUAGUUUUUCUUUGAGGGCUAGAAAGGAUGGUAUGUCGAAAUGUGCAUCUCUUAUUCAAACAGGAUUUAAAUCAAAAGUACGUUUCUUGAACGAAAGAAUAGUCUAUUUGCUAAUCGCUUGUCCGCCACUGCCCGGAUAGCUGCAAGUUAUUCUACCUUUUAACCCCCGACACAGAGGGGUUUUAUAGGUUUGACGCCGUUGUCUAUCUGUGGCAUCGUAGCUUUCAAACGGAUUGAUUAAUUUCGAUGCGGUUUCCUUGCGGUUAUGCUUAGCUAUGUUUAAUACAGAUCGAUCCAGCAGUUUCAAGAGUAUCAGUUCUUUUCCAAAAUGGUGUUAUAAUAAUAUUGCAAAAUGCGGAGAGGGUUUUAAAAAUUCUUAAUUUAAUAUUUAUGGAUGAAAACAGAUGUAUUAAAUACAUGGCGCUUGCAUGAAACCGAACAGCCUUAUAAAACGGUCUCUUCUUCCUCGCGUUGUCCCGGCAUUUUGCCACGGCUCAUUGGAGCCUGGGGUCCGCUUGGCACUUAUCCCUAGAGUUGGCGUAGGCACUAGUAUUUACGAAAGCGACUGCUAUCUGACCUUUCAACCCAGAGGGUAAACUAGGCAUUAU